AUGGCUGGCUUGAGAGUGGACUUCAGCAUGUUCCUGGAGGCUCUGGGCUUUGUUAAGGUCCUUGAGUGGAUCUUUGCCAUUUUUGCUCUUGCCACAUGUGGAGGCUUUCAAGGUAAAACUACCCUUCUAGUUUCCUGCGAAGGUGUGGUAAACAAAACAGUUACAGCUGCUUUUGCUUAUCCAUUCAGGUUGAAUACUGUUGAAUUUAGUGCACCAGACCCAAAAGGCUGCGCUGGUACUUGGACUGACGUCCAUCUUGUGGGCAACUUCUCCUCUUCUGCACAGUUCUUUGUUACACUUGCGGCGUUGGUGUUCCUCUACUGCAUGGUUGCCCUUGUGGUAUAUAUUGGAUACAACCAUGUCUAUCAGCAAAAUAACAAGUUUCCACUAACUGACUUGGCUAUCAGUGUCUUGAUAGCCAUUUUGUGGAUGGUCAGUACUUUUGUUUGGGCAAAGGCACUUGCUGACAUCAAAAUGUCCACGGAGGCCAACAUUAUUCCAGGAAUUGAAGCUUGUCAAGCACCAGGAACAACAUGUAAUUUUGUUUCUGUGACCAGCAUGGGAAUUCUGAACUUGUCUGUGGUAUUUGGCUUGCUUAAUGCAGCUUUAUGGGGAGGGAAUGUUUGGCUGGUAUACAAGGAUACCAAGUUGCACAACCAAUGGAACAGAAUUUCUGAAAGUCCAACUGAAAGAGAAGUAUAAAAACAAGUUGAUACUUUAAAAUGCUUCCACUUUCACACCUCACUGCCAAGAGCAUGGAUUAGUUAGGAUUUGUUUCAGUAAUAACUGAUAAUACUUCAUAAAAACUUCUGGUUUUGUGCUACGGUUUGACAUAAAGUCUCGCAUACUCCAAUUGAAGCAUUUAAUUAUCUUGCAAUAUAUUAUGCCUUUUGAAGUUGUGCAGCUCUUUAUUACAAUUUUUCAAGAGCAAAAUGAUGAGGUUAUCUGGAUGCUGACCCUUUCUGGUUCUUAAC